AACAGCACUCCCAGGAUGCAGUUUGUGUCAACACGGCCGCAGCCUCAGCAGCUGGGCAUCCAGGGCCUGGGGCUGGACAGCGGGAGCUGGAGCUGGGCCCAGGCUCUGCCCCCGGAGGAGGUCUGCCACCAGGAGCCGGCGCUGCGCGGGGAAAUGGCCGAGGGAAUGCCGCCCAUGCAGGCUCAGGAAUGGGACAUGGACGCCCGGCGACCGAUGCCUUUUCAGUUCCCGCCCUUCCCGGACAGGGCGCCUGUCUUCCCUGACCGCAUGAUGCGGGAGCCUCAGUUGCCCACAGCGGAGAUCUCGCUCUGGACCGUGGUGGCUGCCAUCCAGGCUGUGGAGCGGAAGGUGGAUGCCCAGGCCAGCCAACUGCUGAACCUGGAGGGGCGCACGGGGACAGCUGAGAAGAAGCUGGCCGACUGCGAGAAGACGGCCGUGGAGUUCGGGAACCACAUGGAGAGCAAGUGGGCCGUGCUGGGGACCCUGCUGCAGGAGUACGGGCUGCUGCAGCGGCGGCUGGAGAACUUGGAGAACCUGCUGCGCAACAGGAACUUCUGGGUCCUGCGGCUGCCCCCGGGCAGCAAGGGGGAGGCCCCCAAGGUUCCGGUGACUUUUGUCGACAUUGCUGUUUACUUCUCUGAGGACGAGUGGAAGAACUUGGACGAGUGGCAGAAGGAGCUUUACAACAACCUUGUUAAGGAGAACUACAAAACCCUGAUGUCACUCGAUGCGGAGGGCCCAGUGCCCAAGCCAGAUGCCCCGGCCCAGGCUGAGCCCAGAGAAGAGCCUUGUGUGUGGGAGCAACGUCACCCCGAGGAGAGAGAAAUCCCCAUGGAUCCGGACACAGGAGCAGAGCCUCUGGCGCCUGCACAGGACGCAUCCUCCCAGGUGAAGCGAGAGGAAGCCCUGUGUGUCCGGGGCCAGCGCGGCCUGGAGGAAAGAGCCAUCCCCACGGAAUCCAUCACCGACUCCCCAAUUUCUGCCCAGGACCUCUUGUCCCGGAUUAAACAGGAGGAGCACCAGUGUGUGUGGGACCAGCAGGAUCUGGCAGACAGAGAUAUUCCGACGGACCCCAACUCAGAGUCUCUCAUCUCAGCACAUGACAUUCUGUCAUGGAUCAAGCAGGAGGAGCAGCCAUACCCGUGGGGCCCACGUGACUCAGUGGAAGGAGAGCUCGGAUUAGACUCUGGCCCCAGUGACAGCCUGCUGAUGGUGAAGAACCCGCCCCCGGCCCCGCCGCAGCCCCAGCCCCAGCCGCAGCCCCAGCCGCAGCCCCAGUCGCAGUCGCAGCCGCAGCCGCAGCCGCAGAGCCUACCCCCGCUCGCAGUGGCCGAGAACCCGGGCGGGCCCCCGAGCCGCGGGCUGCUGGACGAAGGCUUCCCGGCGCUGCCCGGGGAGCGUGGUGCCGGCGAGGCGCCGCCGGGCGGGGAGGGCGGCGCGGGCGGCGGCGGCGCGGGCGGCACCUGCGGCAGCUGCUGUCCCGGCGGCCUGCGGCGGAGCCUGCUCCUGCACGGCGCGCGCAGCAAGCCCUACUCGUGCCCCGAGUGCGGCAAGAGCUUCGGCGUGCGCAAGAGCCUCAUCAUCCACCACCGCAGCCACACCAAGGAGCGGCCCUACGAGUGCGCCGAGUGCGAGAAGAGCUUCAACUGCCACUCGGGCCUCAUCCGCCACCAGAUGACGCACCGCGGCGAGCGGCCCUACAAGUGCUCGGAGUGCGAGAAGACCUACAGCCGCAAGGAGCACCUGCAGAACCACCAGCGGCUGCACACGGGCGAGCGGCCCUUCCAGUGCGCGCUGUGCGGCAAGAGCUUCAUCCGCAAGCAGAACCUGCUCAAGCACCAGCGCAUCCACACGGGCGAGCGGCCCUACACGUGCGGCGAGUGCGGCAAGAGCUUCCGCUACAAGGAGUCGCUCAAGGACCACCUGCGCGUGCACAGCAGCGGCCCCGGCCUCGGCGCCCCGCGGCCGCUGCAGCCGCCGCCCGAGCGAGACUAGGGCUGGGCUGGGGAGGGGCGGCCGGGGUCUUGGGCCGGGCCCUCCCGCCCGGGCGUUCUCGGCGCGCCUUCCCGCCCUCCACCGGCCACCUGCUGGAAAUCGGGAACAGGAAUUGCACUCCAGAUGGGGUCCCCGAGGGCUGGGCAGGGGCACCCCAGAUCCGUCUGGUCGGAAUGGACAGCCCAGCUCAUCUCAUUGGGUGGACCGAGCAGCUGGGGAGGUGCCAGAGGGACAGCAAGGAGGUACUAUCCUCAGGCCACCUGGGCCACAGAUUGUGAUCGGGGGAAGCAACCAGGGAGUCUGGAAACCCUUCUUAGGUAAGGAAAUAAGGUCCUGAGGUUAGGCGACGCCCUGAAAAAGGAAGCGAAAGCCUGACAGUGAGCUGAGGGAUGCGCUAAGGGUAACAUCUUUAUGAUGACAACACUGCCUCGCGUUUGAAUAGCGCUUUAUACUUUUUUAAAAGUGUUUUCUAUCCGUUAUCUAUUUUCACCCUUAGCCUAUCCCUCUGAGACAGGUGGGGUAGGAUUUUCUUGGUGACUGAGGAAACUGAGACACAGGUGAGGUGGUUUACCCAAGUUCACGCAUGAAAAGGGGUACAGCCGCCCAGGCGCCUGCCCCAGCGCAGUGUCCCCACCACACAAGCUGCCUACCUCGGUGGUCGGAGGGACCGCUCUGGCCUGGCCUUCCUGGGCUGUCUCCUCUCCCUUUCCUCCCCUUGACCCACCAACACAAAACAAAAAACUCCAGAAGCAAGAGGGGGCAACUCAUGGGGUUACUGGGAAUGGGGGACAGACUGGCUACAAAACAUCCCAGGUUAUGCUUCUGGAAGGCUCUUUCUAGGUGAGAGCUUCUGGGUGGCAGCCCCCAAACCCCCAGCCUCGGCUUCCCACCUCCAGUCCCUCAAUCUGGUGCAGCAGGUCUUUGCACUGCACAGUAGUGCCCUGGCCCUCCAGAGGCAGCUGGUGCCCUGGGUCAGACCUCACCUUGGUGAUUUUUUCCAGUUUCCCCAGGGCAGAGGGGUGAGGGAGAGGCUUUUGCUGCAAGAGCAGCUACCAGGAAAGUGAAUCUCUUCCCUGGAGUGCUGGGCAAGUGGGUGCUAGAGUGUGAGCCUCAGUCUCUCUGCCCUGGGCCUCCCAAUUGGUGCUAUCUGUUAACUGACCAUGCUCCUGGACAUGGACACAGACCCUACUGUGGUCCGGACCCUGCAGGCGCCUUGGGAAGCGCCCAAAGGACUCCCUUUCAUGUUGGUGCAUCUGCUUCGUGGCUCCAGGCACCACGUCCCGAGGAGCCACAGUCUCCAUUUCAGCGUCUUGCAUGGCCAAGCACCGGGGUGGGGUGGCAUGCCCUAGGACCCUGUUCUGUUUGUGUCAAAAAUGACUUUCUUGCUCUUCCCGCUUCUCUCCCAGCCAGGGCACAGUGGGCAGCCGGCACUUGGCACCACUUUUGUGAGCUCUCCGCUUCCGCCCUUGCCCUCAUCGCGCUGCUCUGCUUUCCUCAGAACCAUUUUUGCCGUGCAAAGGGAAUUCUUGAAAUUAAAUAAAAGGUAUCCAGAUUGCAGACUGCAUGUUCACAAAGCCAGGGGGUUCUCCAGCUUGGCUUCCUACAGUAAAGCCUCAAUGAACUGGAAUCCAA